AUUUAUGUUUUGGAAUAAAAUCUAGCUAUUAAAAUGGGUGCAAUACUUUGGUUGAUAUUGGCACACAUAGCCGUUAUUCGAGGUCAGCUGCAGUACAGCUUCAAUGACCCUGCGGCGGCGUUCCUACGGCUGGUCGCACAGAAUAAUUUACCGCAGAACAACAUACAGCAGGACUGGAGGCAGCUGACACAGAACAGUAUAGCACAGAAUACAGGCGGGAUUGACUUGAGGCAGCUGCUAUCACAGAGGUUCCCGGCACAGAGACUGCCGGUCAAUGGACUAGGUUUCAGUAACCCCCCACCGCCCGUGGGGUCCGGGCAGGACCCGGCCACUCAGACCUGCGGUCUCGCGCCGCCAUCUUGUGCCAACUCCCGCUACCGUGCCAUCGACGGCUCCUGCAACAACCUGAAGAGACCGACAUGGGGGGUCCCACAGACCCCCUACGGACGAUUGGUCAAAUACAAUUAUGCUGAUGGUGUGAGCGCUUUCCCGCGCUCGGUGACGGGUCAGCCGUUGCCCAACCCCCGCGAGAUCAGCCUGCUGCUGUUCCCCGAUAAGCGGCUCGUGGACCCGAUAUGGAACCUGAACACUCAGCAGUGGGGCCAGAUCGUCACACACGAUAUGUCGCUGACGGCUGGUGUGGCGCAAAGUCACAAGGACAUAGUCACCUGCUGCGACGACAACGGCCAGGUCGCCCCCGACGCCGCGACCAACCCGCUCUGCGCGCCCAUCCUGUUCCCGCCGAACGACCCCAUCCACUCCCGAGUGGGAACCCAAUGUAUGAACUUCGUGAGAACUGGCUCGACAAGGGACAGAGGAUGCACAGGACCAAACACACCAGCUGAACCGAUCUCAACCGUAACAGCGUACAUGGAUGGUUCGUUCAUAUACGGGAGUAGCGCUGGGCAGGCGACCCCCAUCCGAGCCUUCAAUGGGGGCCGAUUGAAGACGAUCUUGAGACGGGGUCGAGAGUGGCCCCCACAGGAUCCCAACGUCACACUCACCUGCGAAUCUGCACAGUCACCCAACGAACCCUGUUACUUGACAGGUGAUAUCCGUGUGAACCAGAACCCCCAGCUCACGGUCCUCCAGGUGAUAAUGCUGCGAGAACACAACAGGAUAGCUGACGGGUUAGCCGCGCUCAACCCGAGCUGGAUAGACGAGACCAUCUACCAGGAGGCCCGCAGGAUCGUCAUAGCAGAGCUCCAGCAGAUCAACUACUAUGAAUACCUGCCUAUAUUGCUCGGCUACGAGAACAUGGUGAAGAACAAGCUGAUCUACCCCGGCGUCCAGGGCUACGUCAACGACUACAACCCCGACGUCGACCCCACGGUGCUCGACGAACACGCCACCGCCGCCUUCAGACACUUCCACACGCUCAUUAGAGGAUUCCUGCAAUUAGCGAUGGAGAACAGGCAAGUGAGCAGCGUGGUCCGGAUGAGCGACUGGUUCAACAGGCCCCUGCUGCUGGAGCUGUACAACUCCUUCGACGACCUGACCAGGGGACUGACGGCGCAGCCACAGGACUUCAGCGACCAGUCCUGGGACAGCGAGAUCACGCAGUUCCUGUUCAAACGUAACAACACCUUCGGUGGCGAUCUGCGAGCGACGGACAUACAGCGCGGUAGAGACCACGGGCUGGGCAGCUACGUCGCCACCCGCGCAGCCUGCGGCCUGCCUGUACCUAGGACCUUCUACGACAUGCACGACUUCAUACCGGAGAAGAACGUGAAACUUCUAGAAGCGAUCUACGCUCGGCCAGAAGACGUGGAGCUGGUAGUGGCUGGUUCUCUGGAGAACAAUGUACCCGGCGCGCAGGCGGGACCCACCUUCCUGUGUAUCCUGACAGAACAGUUCUACAGGACGAGAGUCGGUGACAGAUACUUCUUCGAGAAUGGACUCGAUCCUGUCACGUCUUUCACGCCAAGUCAACUGCACUCAAUUCGUGUGGGAUCUUCCAUGGCGAGGAUACUGUGUGACAACGGGAACGACAUCCGUCACAUGCAGCCAAAAGCGUUCCAACAAAUUACUACCGGAAACGAGCUGGUCCCAUGUGAAAGUUUGCCGAAGAUCGAUUUGAAGUUAUGGCGAGCUUAGAAAAGGAACCAUUCUUAAUAUGUACAAAAUAUCAAAUUAAUGUACAUUGUACAGUAUACCUUUUAAA